UACCCUUUUGUUUCUUUAUCCUAAGAUCAACUGGAUCAUGGCAAGGCCAAUCCGCGUAGCUGCCUGCCACGCGGCGCCUGUCUUUCUUUCUGCCAAAGCCACCACGCAGAAGGCGGUUUCAUUCAUCAAGACUGCCUCGAAGAACUCAGCAAACCUUGUCAUAUUUUCCGAAACUUUCAUUCCAGCAUUUCCGGUAUGGAGUGCUCUGCGUGCACCAACUCAGAAUCACGAUUUGUUCAAACGAAUGGCAGAGCAAUCAGUGCUUGCAGAUGGCGAAGAGAUUCGAGCUCUUCAGUCUGCUGCUCAAGAAAACAAGACGUAUCUCAAUGUUGGCAUCUCUGAGAGGACUCGCUACAGUUCAGGAACGCUUUUCAACUCCAACAUCUUCAUUGGCCCCGAUGGUCGAGUCCUCAACCUCCACCGCAAACUCAUGCCCACAUUCUUCGAGAAGCUGACCUGGGCUCCUGGAGAUGGUCACGGUCUCAAGGUCAUCGAGACGCCUUAUGGCAACAUUGGAAAUCUGAUCUGCGGCGAGAACACAAACCCGCUUGCCAGAUACAGCCUCAUUGCAGAAGCCGAGCAACUGCACAUCUCAACGUGGCCCGCUGUCUGGCCGACUCGAGUUUCAGAUCCUACCUCGGCGCAAGAGACGAAGGGGAAUAACUACGACAACGUUGCAGCCAAUCGCAUCAGAGCUGCGGCACAUUGUUUUGAAGCGAAAGCUUUCGGCGUGCUCUGUAGCGGACAUCUUGACGAGCAGGCUAUCGAGAUCAUCGCUGCCGGAGCUCCGGAUGCUGAGUACAUUACAAACGUACUCAAGACAUCACAGCGUGGAGCCACUAUGUUCCUGGACCCUACUGGCGCGCUCAUACCUGGAUUCACUAUUGAUAGCUCAACAGGAGAGAGGAAAGAAGUGAACUUCUUACAGAAACAAGAAGGCAUCUUGUACGCGGAUCUCCACCUGGCAGAUUGUGUGGAGGGCAAACAGUACCACGACGUUGUUGGCGGAUAUCAAAGGCACGACAUCUUCAAGUUAACGGUCAAUCGCGAAAGGCAAGUGCCGAUACGCUUUCAUGAUCCUCCUCCGCUGCCCGCCAAGAAGAAUGACCAAGAUGUACUAUGAUCGUACAAGAUCGACAAUCAGUGUAUUUCGUUCACAUCCUUUGACAUGCUUCCACUCUUGUAUCUAGAUUGCAGACCAGGCAUUGUCAACUGGC